UCGCUCGCGGACCUCGACACCCAGCUGAGGUCGAAGAGGGCAUCAAUCCCUCCCUGUUGCCUCUUGCUCUUUCUCUGUCCGUCUCUUCUCUUCUCAGUGCCACUGUCUCCCUCGUUCAUUCGCUCGUUUCGCACCAGAGCCCGCGAAGUUCCAAGUGUGCUGUUGGUUUUUUGCUCGUUUUUUUUCUUCCUCUCCCCGUCUCAUCACCUGGACCAAACCCCAAAACUAUCGAGGACCCAACGUCAUGCGUUUCCAGUACAUCGUCGGGGCAUCCCUGCUGCUCUUCUGCUGUUUACAUGAUUACGUGGCGGAAGCUGCGACGAAUUGCCCCAGAAUAUGCCCGCCGAGCGGAGAACCGGUAUGUGGAAGCGACGACGUCAUUUAUGCCUCCCAGUGCGACAUGCGGAAAAAAAUGUGCGGCAAAGGGGUGACAGUCGCCAAGGAGAAAUCAGCCUGCCUGAGGUCUUCUGGUAGCAAAUGCGAACAUCGUUGUCCGGGCGAUUCGGACGCGGUUUGCGGCACCGACGGUCGUACUUACCUGAACAAGUGCAUGUUGAGGGUCGAGAUAUGCAGAGUUGGCAUCGAGCUUUCGCACUUGGGUCCGUGCAACAACAUCUCGGCACACAGGGAGAACUGCCCGGUAUCCUGUGACUUGGCGCCACUGGACGGACCGAUUUGUGGCAGCGAUGGAAACGUCUACAAGUCUACCUGCCAGAUGAAGCUCCUCACCUGCGGACAAGGCGUUGUCCGAACGAACAAAAAACACUGUCAAACGACACGGCACUGUAGGGAAUCGUGCUGGAGAGGUGCCAAACCAGCAUGUGGAAGCGACGGAAUCCUCUACUCGAACACUUGCAAAAUGCGGGCGAAAAAUUGCGGCAAACACGUGUUCGAGGUGCCAAUAUCCUUCUGUAUGUCUCGGGAACGGACUGCCGGAGGAUCUUCGCCCACGGCGUGCCCGUUGGACUGCAAUAGCGAACCGGAAACACCCGUCUGCGGAUCGGAUGGGGGCAUCUAUCGAAAUGAAUGCGAGAUGCAGAUGCUGAAUUGCGGACAGUCCAGAAGAAAGGUGACUCAGGUGGACUUCGAGAAGUGUCGACCACGGCUGAACAAGUGCAUGAAACAACAGCAGAGGUGCGUCGAUGAGGAUGAUCCAGUUUGCGGCAGUGACGCCAACACCUAUCCAAACCAGUGUCGACUCAACGUUGCGAUUUGUCUCAAAGGAAUCCAGCUGGCUCAUGUCGGACAGUGCACAGCCUUGAGGGAAGUGGAAAAUUGCCCGGAAGACUGCAGCGAAGUUGUGGAAGAGCCCGUUUGUGGAAGCGAUGGCAAUGUUUAUAGAUCAACGUGCCAUUUGCGGCGAGACACUUGCGGUCAACGUGUCGUUCCAGUCCCUGUUCAGCACUGCCGCACAACCGCGCUGUGCAAUCAAGUUUGCGGAGGAGACCGGCAAUUCGUGUGCGGCUCGGACAACAAGCUUUACAGGAACGAAUGUGAGAUGAAACGGGAUAACUGCGGGAAGCACGUCUACGUUGUGCCGAUGAAACAAUGCCUUCAAGGAUUUUCUUUUCGCGGAUGUCAAAAAAUCUGCCCGCCUUACUACGAUCCUGUCUGCGGCACUGACGGCAUGACAUACAGCAACGAGUGCUUCCUCGAGAUUGAGAAUUGCCGCAGUCGAAGUCUCGUCACGAAGAAGUACCAUGGCGUAUGCGGUCAGCCCACCGAAGAGCCAAAAAAUUAUCUGUACUAGGACUUACACGAGGAGAGAAACCGUGAGAGAAACUUGAGUGCGAUUCGCCGUUGGAUGGGAUGAAUUUCUACAUGCUGAAUCGCAUAGAAUGCAAACUGUGUUUUCUGUCAGAUGUAUUCGUAACAUCGUAAGAUAAUUAAGUGAUAUUGGAUGUGUUACUGGAAUCAGAGGACAGAACCAUCGCAAUUGCCUGUCGAAUAACGAACACCAUUCUUGUUGGUCUAUUAAAUAUCAGUUUUUAAUAAGUUCAAUUGUUAUACAUGGAUACGACAGGUUUCCCGCAGGAGUGAUUAGUGUAUGACACGUGGGUUAUAAUCGUAUGCCGCCAAUUAGGAAAGAUAAUAAGAUUUACGAGGUUAUCAAAUCUUUUUGGUGCAUUUAGCAUAUCUUUAUCCAAUGCUGACUGAUUGUACUUUCUUUUUAUAUGGAAAAUUAAUUUUUGAGUGUUUCGCUUAUUCCAAUAUACUAAAGCACGUUGGGGCCGUUAAAAAAUGUGUUGGCUUU